AGUUGUGUGGCCGCUGUGAUUGCCCGCACUCAGUCUGAUAAACAGCUGCUUACCAUUUAGGGCGCUUCACAAAGUUUUCUCCAAACUCCUCCAAUCGGGAUUUUUUUUUGUCCUUUUUUUCGCCGUUCUGAGCCUGUGGAUGUUCAGAUAUAGAAAGUCUGCACCGCUGGAAGCAAGUCUGGGAUUCUAGGUUUGCGUAAUGCUCAGACGUCCUCUGCUCAACAUCUGGAUUAACUAUUUGGAGCCAGAGCUAACGGCCCUACACGAAACUCUUGACUGUAUAGCCUGCUAUCUUGAUGGAAAGAAUGCAUUUUAGCCUACUCUGGAAUUUAACUUGAUGACCCGAGUUUGUGCUCGUAGAUUAUGUAUUCUUUAAAAUGGGUGCGAACAAUGGAAAACAGUAUGGAAGCGAGGGUAAAGGGAGCUCAAGCAUCUCCUCUGACAUAAGUUCGAGCACAGAUCACACACCAACUAAAGCUCCGAAGAAUGUGGCUACCACUGAAGGUUUAGAUUCCAGCACAAGAACACUGAGCACCCCGAGCCCGGGACUGAUUCUGCCUUCCAAGUCCUCCUCCCUCUCCUCACCUGCUCUCUCCAGCAACGGCCACGAGACCAACUCCUCGUCCUCGUCUUCUGCCCCCGCUGAGACGGUCGCUGUGAUCCACCCUCAGCCUGGCACUCACACUCGCUCCAGACAGUCGAAAACCCACCACUACGCCCCCAUAGAUCUCCUCCCUGACCACACCCUCCUGCAGAUCUUCUCCCACCUUUCGACCAACCAGCUGUGCCGCUGCGCACGCGUUUGCCGCCGCUGGUACAACCUGGCUUGGGACCCCAGGCUGUGGAGCACUAUCCAGCUAACAGGAGAGCUGCUUCAUGCCGACCGUGCCAUCAGGGUCCUCACCCACCGGCUGUGCCAAGACACCCCGAACAUUUGUCUGACCCUGGAGACGGUGGUGGUCAAUGGCUGCAAGAGGCUCACUGACCGGGGCCUGCACGUGGUGGCCCAGUGCUGCCCCGAGCUACGCCGCCUGGAGGUUGCCGGCUGUUAUAACAUCUCUAAUGAGGCCGUGUUUGAAGUGGUAUCCCGCUGUCCCAACCUGGAACACCUAAACCUCUCAGGCUGCUCCAAGGUGACAUGCAUCAGCCUAACCCAAGAGGCCUCACUCCAGCUGUCUCCAUUGCACGGCCAGCAGAUCUCCAUCCACUACCUGGACAUGACCGAUUGCUUUUCCCUCGAGGACGAGGGCUUGCGAACUAUCGCCUCCCACUGCCCUCGCCUGACUCAUCUGUAUUUGCGGCGAUGCACCAGACUAACAGACGAAGCCUUGCGCCAUUUGGCUCUCCACUGCCCUUCAGUGAGGGAGCUGAGCCUCAGUGACUGCCGCUUGGUGGGGGAUUUCGGCCUCCGGGAAGUUGCCCGCCUAGAGGGUUGCCUGCGCUACUUAAGCGUGGCCCACUGUACCCGCAUUACAGAUGUAGGCAUGCGCUAUGUGGCUCGCUACUGCCCGAGACUGCGCUACUUGAAUGCGAGGGGCUGCGAGGGGCUCACGGAUCACGGCCUGAGUCACUUGGCCAGGAGCUGCCCCAGACUCAAGUCUCUGGAUGUCGGUAAAUGCCCGCUGGUGUCGGACAGCGGGCUGGAGCAGCUAGCCAUGUACUGCCAAGGCCUGAGGCGAGUCAGUCUCAGAGCCUGUGAAAGUGUAACAGGCAGAGGACUCAAAGCUCUGGCGGCCAACUGCUGCGAGCUGCAGCUGCUCAACGUGCAGGACUGCGAGGUGUCACCGGAGGCUCUGCGGUUCGUCAGACGCCACUGUCGGCGCUGCGUCAUCGAGCACACGAACCCCGCUUUCUACUGAGACGGGGAGUUCUUGGACUGGUCUUCUGACAAGUGGAUGUUCUAAUAUUCCUGCUAUGGUGUUGGCAGAGUUCAGCGGCUGAUGUGUCAGAGCUAGUUGAAAACCGGCGUGCAAUACUGGCCAGAAUUUGUCUUUUUAAAUUUGCUUGGUGGCUGUUAAUGCUAUCCUUUGAAAAUACUUCCACAGAAUGUAUUUAACAUAUUUAUCUAUACAAAAAGGCAGAAAAGUACAGUAUUACUCCCCCCCCAACAUCACAGUUUGCAAUGUAAUUACAUGCUACAACACUGAGCACUGGGUACAGCUGUGUUACCAUUUAAAAGUAUUGUAAUAUCUAUUUUAUUUUAAGUCAUUGUCACCUUUAGGCCCUGAAACAUAAUCAUUGUAAUAAUUUCUACAGCUAUUCUUGAACAACAAGUAUCUCUUGAGAAUGUAGCAGCAGCUAAGCAGAUCUGGUGAUUUAGACUAUAGUUAGUUUCACUUUCUUUGUGUUGUGUGCAUACGCACUUUAUGCAUUUGCGCUGACAAUCACUUCAACUGAGCUCAAACUCUUAUAUUUAGCAUUUUGCCACAUGCAUUUGUGUUAGUUAAAUGUCACGAGUAAAGCAAACCGUGUUUCCAAAAAGGCCGGGAUACAAUAAAAUGUAAAUAAAAUGCAAAUCAUAGAAAGUAUGUUUAAUUGUGCAAGGACAACAUUCAGUUUAAUCACAGAGCCAUGCUGUAAUAUGUGCAGGAUGUGGUUUGGGCCUCUCUUGAAUAUCAUUACUGAUGCCUUCACAGAAAGCUUAAGUCGCUUAAGUUUAAGUCGAUUCCAGCUCCUUUUAAACUUUGAUGGUUCCUCAGUUCUUUAGCCCAGAGAAAAUAUCCAGAAAUCUGGCAUGUUGGCUGUUAUGUAAUCUCAAUAAUGAAAUCCUCCAGUUCUUUGCAUUUUUUAUGUUCCUUACUGCUGUUGUUAAACAGUUCAAGUAGAUCUCUAUCUAGUCUUUUUUACGAGUGGUUAAAAACUCUCUUUGCUUCUGAAAGACUCUCCAAGAUGCUCUUUUGCUAAUGAACCUAAUUAGCUGUGUGCAUGCGGUCAAAAAUAAAUAAAUAAGAGGAGUGGAGAGGUUCUGGAUGCUGAGGCAGGCAGGUAAGGUAACAUCCAGAGCACACAGAACAUGUGGAAACAUGAGGGAUGGUAACCAUCUAUGUAGGAAGCAAGAGGAGUCCAGAAACCAUGAACUGCAAGGAGCAUUAACGUUUAAACGCAGACAGGAGGAACCAUGUUGUCUUUGUACCAGUCUAACUGCAAUGUGGAGUUUAAAUGCGUAGCAAAUCAAUGCACAAUGUUUUUGUUUACAUUUUACAAAAGUAGUACUGGCUUUUUUUUGGAAAGCACGUUUGCUCCUGAGAGGGGCUAUUACUGAAAAAAUAGGAAUGGGAUCAGUGUUGAAAAUAAACAAGAACACAUUGCUGCUAUAACUGUGCCAAUAAAUUUCAUGUAAAAAUCCACUCCCUCCUGGCCUGCGCAUGUUUAUGAGUCAUUAAGGUGACUGAGAAUAUCUGAGAAUGCCAUAUAUGG